CAGCAGGCUGGCUUAGUGCUGCGAUUGGCAGUGGUGGGCAUUGGAAGUGGUGGCGCUGAGCCGAACACGGUGCUAGCAGAAGGGGGCGGUACUUUCCCUCUGGUCCCUGACUUGGAAGCCAAGUGCGAUUCCAGCGCAGUCACCACCAGAAGCAGAUGUGCGAGCGGAGCAGCUAUGCGCCUUUCUUUCUGCCCAGGUUCCCCCACGUCUUCAGCUCACCAGGAAGGCUAUAAUGGGAACAAACGAAGGAACCUGGAGGCUCCACUUGACUGAUUGUUUCUGUUUAGAAAGUCUUCCCUUGGAAGCAGGAAAGCCGUCUCAUGUAAUGGCUGACUUCCAAAGGCAGGCCAUGUUCUAGAACGAAAUGGAUGGAAUUGGUUCAGGGGACUUCAGCGGCCCUGUGGUUUAACCAGAAAAGCCCGUGUUAGGGGCCCUCCUGGUGCCCCGGGAUGUUGCAUACUCUGGACCUGGACGCAUCCGCACCUGAGUGAGGAUGGUCCGCCGUGGACUGCUGGGGUGGAUUUCUCGGGUAGUGAUUCUGCUGGUGCUGCUCUGUUGUGCCAUCUCUGUCCUCUACAUGUUAGCCUGCACCCCAAAAGGUGACCAGGAACAGCUGGGACUGCCACGGGCCAAUGGCCCCACAGGCAAAGAUGGCUACCAAGCGGUGCUGCAGGAGCGUGAGGAACAGCAUCGCAACUAUGUGAAUAGCCUUAAGCGACAGAUUGCACAGCUGAAGGAUGAACUGCAGGCACGCAGUGAGCAGCUCCGCAGUGGGCAGGACCAGGCCAGUGAUGCCACCAGCCUGCGCUCAAGCUGGGACCAUGAACCCAAAGCCCAGGCAGAUAUGCUGGCCUUCCUGCGUGGGCAGGUGGACAAGGCAGAGGUACAUGCCGGUGUCAAGCUGGCCACGGAGUAUGCUGCUGUGCCUUUCGAUAGCUUCACUCUGCAGAAAGUAUACCAGCUAGAGACCGGCCUGACCCGCCACCCUGAGGAGAAGCCAGUGAGGAAGGACAAGCGUGAUGAGCUGGUGGAAGCCAUCGAAUCAGCUCUGGAGAGUCUAAACAGCCCCGUGGAGAGCAGCCCACAUCAGCGUCCUUACACAGCUGCAGACUUCAUAGAAGGGAUUUACCGAACAGAAAGGGAUAAAGGCACUUUGUAUGAGCUGACCUUCAAAGGGGACCACAAGCAUGAAUUCCAACGACUUGUCCUAUUUCGACCUUUUGGCCCCAUCAUGAAAGUGAAAAAGGAAAAACUCAACAUGGCAAACACGCUUAUCAACGUUAUCGUACCCCUAGCGAGGAGGGUGGACAAGUUCCGGCAGUUCAUGCAGAACUUCAGGGAGAUGUGUAUCCAACAGGAUGGGAGAGUUCAUCUCACCGUUGUUUACUUUGGGAAAGAAGAAAUGAAUGAAGUCAAAGGAAUACUUGAAAACACUUCCAAAGCUGCCAAUUUCAGGAACUUCACCUUCAUCCAGCUGAGUGGUGAAUUCUCCCGGGGAAAGGGACUGGAUGUUGGUGCCCGCUUCUGGAAGGGAAGUAACGUCCUGCUCUUCUUCUGCGAUGUGGACAUUUACUUCACCUCUGAGUUCCUCAACACGUGCAGGCUGAACACACAGCCAGGGAAGAAGGUAUUUUAUCCGGUUCUUUUCAGUCAGUAUAACCCUGGCAUCAUCUACGGCCAUCACGAUGCAAUCCCUCCCCUUGAACAGCAGCUGGUCAUAAAGAAAGAAACAGGAUUUUGGAGGGACUUUGGAUUUGGGAUGACUUGUCAGUACCGGUCAGACUUCAUCAACAUAGGUGGAUUUGACCUGGACAUCAAAGGCUGGGGCGGUGAAGAUGUGCACCUGUACCGGAAAUAUCUCCAUAGCAACCUCAUAGUGGUACGCACACCUGUACGGGGACUUUUCCACCUUUGGCAUGAAAAGCAUUGUAUGGAUGAACUGACCCCUGAGCAGUACAAGAUGUGCAUGCAAUCAAAGGCUAUGAAUGAAGCAUCCCAUGGGCAGCUGGGGAUGCUGGUCUUCCGGCAUGAAAUAGAAGCUCACCUUCGAAAACAGAAGCUCAAAUCCAGCAGUAAAAAGACAUGAUCUCCGAGGCAUAGAUUAGUGGAGACAUUUAAAUUUUUUGCCUUUGGCAGUUACUAAAGAAGUAGAUGCACCAAGGUAUAGACUUCCACGAAGGGCCACAAAGAAUCUGACUGAUGAGUGAGAGAUGAAAGGAGAGUCUCGGGCUCCUAUUGGCUCUGUGUAUGACGACUCUGACUGUGUUUACAGCAAAAUGAUCUCUCUGAUCCCUGCUCGCUGAAAUAUUCACCAUCGCAGACUGGUUUUGUAAAACAUUUACUAGAAUGAGAUGCAAACACACUGGCUUCUCUUCUUAGGAUUGGUUACAUCAGAAGGCUUUGGUACCCAGGACUACCAAAGUCUCAGAUAAAGCGAAGGACCUAUGUGAAAUGUGGAGAUCUGGCAUCACCGUCUUCCAAGGAGACAGUGAGCAAAAUCAAAGGGACCUGGAAACACACCAUCAAAACUGUCAUUUUCCCAGUAUUAAACAAAAACAAAAGAAAAAACAGGACCAACAAAAAAAGUCCUCUCUUUCCCAUUAUUGUUGAGUCUUCUCUAUUCUAAAAAUGCACCUUUUUUGCUUCUGAGUAUUAUGCUUAUUUAAUUGCCUACUUGCAAACCUUUAAUAGGAGCACAUUAUAGUAUACACACUUUUAUAAUUUUUUUUAAGAUUUGUUUUCAUUUUUGUUGAUUUGUUUACUUGAGACAGUCUUGACACAGAACCCAAGAUAAACUUGAAAUCAUGAUCCUCCUGCCUCCAAAGCCUGAGUGCUGAGAUUACAGGUGGGUACCACCACAGUUGGCAAGAAGAUACAUGCAGAGGUAUGGGACGAGAACCUCCAGUUGCAAGCACGUGGAGCGCAUCAAAGGACUUGCGAAUCUCAGAGCACGCUAAGGUUAUGUGUGGGGCCGCAGAGAGAAGGGGAUCUAGAAACUAUCUAAGACUGUCCGAAGAGGGACAAUCAAACACUGGAGAAAGAGUAAGACACUUUCCUCGUCACAAAAAAGGACACUAAGAAGACCUUGGUAUAUUUACUAGAAAACAUAAUUCCUCCUCUGGAGAAAUGGGGACCACUUUCUUACCUGUUUGAAUAAACCAAAGUUAUGAACCAAACAAUCACUUUUCAAAACAGGGUGCUCUUCUUGGUCUCUGGUUUGCAGAAGAAGAAAAUGCAGGAAAUAUAUAUAUAUAUUUUGAAUGACCAAUCCAUGAAUCCAGCGAGAUGGAAGAUUUUGCUACAUUUCCAUUCACUCCUGGCUAUGUGGAAGCAAGAUAUUUUUAAAAUAAGCAAUGUUACCUGAUUGCCAAGCAUUUUCUUACAACUCCAAAUUCUUUUUAAAAAAAAAUAAAAUAAAUCUGAUUAACAUUGAGUGGUUUCUACAUCCAUGUGCAAGUUAUUUAUUUAUUAGCCAGCACCAAAUGCAUGAGCUAAUUACCUCUCCUGUCUCUGUGCCUUCUGUUUACCCACCGUGAACUCAUUGUUUAAAUGCUUCAAGAACACUCAAGCUGUGUGUUUAAAAAAAAAAAAACAUUGUAUUGAUUUGUACUGGUAGUUUAUAAAAUUUAAUUAAAACACAAGACAUGAAAGGUGGCAUUGCACAGCUAAUAAAAUUUGUGAACUUGA